AGGUGAAAGAGGAGAGCUUAGGGACAACCAAUCGACAGGCUGACCUCGGUGAACACAUGAACUAUGAUCAAGGUCUCGUACCAAGCAGGCGGCAUAAAAGAGCUGGAGGGCAGAGCUUUCCAAGAGGGCUGUUGACUGUUUCACACUCAUACAGUGUGUCUGAGUGAAAGACCAUCGAUUGUAGGCAGCAGAUAAACCUCUGAUCGGAGUGAGAAAUGACCACCCACAUGGACUCCCAUGGUACCGGCAGCGUGCAAUACGAUCGCUGGAACGAGGACAACAUCAACAUGAAUGUAGAGGGAUCACAGUCCACAAUGAUGAGGAUCUACAGCAGACUGUGUGUCGGCAGCACUGGGAUAGCGGUGAAGGCAGCAGGGGCUUUGGCUGCGCUGGUGUCCAUGUACAUCAUAGGAUACACGACAGGGUACUACAUCCAUAGGUGCUGAUGAUGGAGCCCUGCUGACAGAGGAAGGACAUUUUGGAACGAUUUAGAUUCAAAACCCUUUUAAGACAGAACCUAAAAACAGCGUGCUCACAGGGAAGACUGACUUAGGAUUUUUGUUUCAUUCACUGACACUCAGUCGUCCUUGUCUUCAGUUUUACACAUCAUAUUGAAAGUAAUAUAAAGAUUUGUAAAGUAUUAUUUAUUCUGAAAAAUAUACAGACAGAAUUGUGGCCCAGUGGUCCUGGGUUUGAUUCCCGUCUGUGUGGAGAUUACGCGUUCUCCCCAUGUUUCUGUGAGUUUCCUCUGAGUGCUCUAGUUUCUGCUCAGGGAUGGGUUACAUGCAGAUAACGAGUUUCACUACUUUGUACAAUUUAAUGUGAUCAAGAUUUUACCUCUUCUUCUUGCCUUAAUGGAAAAUUGAGUCUUGCAACAUGCAUCAGCAAGGACUCAGCUGAAUGUUAAAGAGAAAAGUAUCAAACUGCAUCUUGCAAGUGCGGUCAUAUUAACCACACAUUCUAUACUGCAUACUGUCUGGUUUACGUAUACUUUAUAUGGUGCAACAAAAACACUUUAUCAAAUCAAUCACCACUGUAGAAAGCACUGUGUUGCAGGGCUUCAUAGUGAGUUGCAUCACCACGCUGCUGCCAUUGUCUCUAGAAUCACGGUCAUUUCCUCUGUGGGCUUGUUGGAGGGUCCAACUGCUCAAGGCCUCACUGUUGUGACUUGCAGUUGAGGGGUCUUCUCAGUUUGUGCUCAAUACCAACUUUUUCAGAGAUUUCCUCCCAUGUUUACAGUAUUUUGUAUUUGGUAGCAUUGCCUUUAAACUGUAUGACUUGGCUCAAAAGUUUUGGGUAUCCUUCCACAAGCUUCUCACAACAGUUAAGGCCACUCCGAAACAUUAACCUUGUUGUACUUAAAGCCACUUUGUAACUCAUUUGGCAGUAUGCUCAGGGUCAUUGUUCAUUUGGAAGACCCAUUUGUACCCAAGCUUUAACUUCCUGGCUGACAUCUUGAGAUGUUGCUUCAAUAUUUGUACAUGUUGUACAAUGUUCUUUCCCUACGAUGCAAUCUGUUUUGUGAAGGUCACCAGUCCCUCCUGCAGCAAAGCACCCCCACACUUUACAGUUGGUGUGGGGUUCUCAGGCUUGCAAGUUUCCCCCAUUUUUCAUCAAAGUAACGACAGUCAUUGUGGCCAAACAGUUCAGUUUUAAUUUUAUCAGACUACAGGACAUGUCUCCAAAUGUGUUUUUAUCUUCGUCCCUGUGUGCAUUUACAAACUGUAAUCUGGCUUUUUUAUGUUGCUUUGGGAAUAAUGGCUACUUCCUCGCUGAGUGGCCUUUCAGCCCAUGUUGCUUCAGGACUCGUUUCACUGUGGAUAAUGACACUCUUUUACCAGCUUCAGCCAGCAUCUUCACAAGGACUUUUGCUUUUGUUCUGGGGUUGAUACACACUUCCCAACAAAGCACAUUGAUCUCAAGAACCCGUCUCCUUCCUGAGUGAUAUGGUGGCUAGACAUUCCCAUGGUAUUUAUAUUUAAGUAUAAUUGUUUGGACAGAUGAACUUGGCACCUUCAAGCAUCUGGAAUUUGUACCCAAGGAUGAACCAGGAAGUCCAUGAUUCUUUUCCUGAUAUCUUUCUUUUGACUUUCCCAUGAUGUCACACAAGGAAGCAGUGUGUUUGAGGUGUGCCUUACAGUACAUCCACAGGUGUGCCUGUAAUUAACGCAAAUGUUGUCAGUUAACCUAUCAGAAGCUUCCAAAAGCCAUGACAUCAUCAUCUGGGCUUUCCCAAAUUGUUUAAAGGUAAAGUAAUAUUAGUGUAUGUAAACUUAUGACUUGUAAUUAAAAAAUUGUCUUAAACA